GACAACCUUCUCAUCCCCAACCCCGUCAGCCCGUGCGGCCGUGCCCUCUGCCUCCUCUGCCACUCCUCGCCCAAAGCGCCAGAGGCGCAGCCCGAGCCACAGGUUGCCUCCUCUCCCUCUCCUCGUGGCCUCGUCCUUCUCGUUCAAGACGAAACCGUACGCGAGCGAGCUGGUGAGGGAGGAAGAGCAGGGAGGUGGGAUCAGGCCGGCUCCAUGGACGCCACGCUCCUCCUCCUCCCCGCCAACUGCACGGCCGCCGCCAGCGGGCGGAUGCGGCCUCGACUGCCUGCAGGCCCACAUGUGGCUUCCCCUGGUCCCUCCGCGCGGCCAAGGACCUCCAUCCGGGCCUCAGCCGUGUCCGCAGCCCUCGCCGUUCGUGGCCUCCCGCAACACGCUUCCGUGGCCGGGCAAAGCACUGGAAGUUAUAGGGUUGGUGAUGUUAUGACCAAAAGGGAAGAGCUCCAUGUUGUGAAACCAACAACUUCAGUUGAUGACGCCCUUGAGAUGCUGGUGAAGCAUAGGAUCUCUGGCUUUCCUGUUAUUGAUGAUGACUGGAAUUUGGUUGGCGUUGUGUCAGAUUAUGAUUUAUUGGCACUGGAUACAAUAUCAGGAGCUGGACCGGCUGAAGCAGACAUAUUUCCUGAGGUGGAUAGCACUUGGAAGACAUUUCAUGAGAUACAGAAGCUUUUGAGCAAAACCAACGGGAAGGUUAUUGCUGAUGUUAUGACCCCAGCGCCUCUCGUGGUGCGUGAAACAACUAACCUUGAAGAUGCUGCAAGGUUACUCCUUGUGACUAAGUACCGCAGGCUUCCAGUGGUCGAUAGCUCAGGCAAACUGGUUGGGAUCAUUACAAGAGGGAACGUCGUCCAAGCCGCCCUCGAAAUCAAGAAAAAGGUUGAAGGGACACUCUGAGAUGACUACCUCCAGGUAUCCUUUUUGCUGCCACAUGGGGGGCUUAGGACUUGGACACAUCUCUAGUUGGCAACUGAUCAAUCAAAGCGACUGUCAGAGUGAGCGAUGAAAGUCGCUAUGUUUAUGAAGAUUUGCCCGGAGAAGCACAGGUGUAUGUGUAGUGUUUGUUAUAUAUGCUGAUGCAGUCCUUGCUGGCCAAAACACAGGUUACCGAUUGUUCUGGUUUCCUGGGCUUCUUUGGACACCAAAUUCUUAACCUAGGUCUUGUUUGGGUGCACACGUAUCUAGUUCAACUUACUUGUAUUGAGGUUCAUUGAAGUGGAAAAUCAACUAGUUUUCGCACUUCAAAACA